AUCACUUUAUAUAAUGCUCAUUAUCUAGUCGUUCAUAACCAUACACAACCAAACAUCCAAGAAAAUAUGAACUCUCACUCAAAUUUCAUGUUCUACAUUUCACUGGUUUUUCUCUUUGUAUACAAAGCCAUGGGGAGCGAACCUAUUGAUACCACCUUAGGGUUUGUAUCACAACCACUCGGUCGUUCCAAUUUCCGUAUACAAAAGCCAUAUAAUCUUCCAGUUGACCAACGAUACAGCUUUAUCAAAGGAGUCCACAAGCUUUGGGUAUUCAAGACAGACAAACCUCACACAAGGAAAAGCAAAACUAGCCCACGUACUGAGAUUCGCAUCCAGGGUUAUGAUUACUCUUCGGGUGUUUGGCAAUUCGAAGCAUAUGGAUAUGUGCCUAGUGGUACUAACGGGGUGAGCGUAAUGCAAGUUUUUGGGUCAAAACCCCCAUAUGCUACAACCACAAUGCUUACAGUAUACAAUAAUAAUCUUUACUAUUACAGAAGGAAUGUUAUUCUUUCUAAUUUAUACAACAAGUGGUUUCGUUUAAAUGUUAUACAUGAUGUGGAAGGCAACAGUGUUAAAAUCUAUAUAAAUGGGGUUCUUAGACUUGAAGAUCGACCUGGACGUAGUGGACCCAACGUACAUCAUUAUUUCAAGUGUGGAGUCUACUCGCAAAACGAUGGCUCCUCCUAUAUGGAGUCCCGUUGGAAGGAUAUUAAAAUCUUCAGACUACGUAAUUAA